AUGAAGUUACUGGACGAGCGAAUCUGGUCGCUGUUUAAGCAUCACUGGCAAUACACUCUCACCUACUGGAGUGUGUUCUUUAGCUUCGGCCUGUGCAUCGCCUUCCUGGGACCCACCGUGCUGGACCUGAGGUGUCAGACCCAGUCCACCCUGCAGCAGAUCACCUGGGUCUUCUUCUCGCAGCAGUUCUGCCUGCUGGUGGGCAGCAGCCUGGGAGGACUCUUCAAGAAAACGCUCCUGUCCUCCCUGUACACCCUCUUCUCCUGCACUCUCAUCAUCUCACUUGUGUUUUCCAUCAUACCGUUAUGUGACAACGUGGUACUGCUGUCUGUCACCAUGGCGAUUGCUGGCUUAGCCAUGGGGGUGAUUGACACCAUUGCCAACCUGCAGCUGGUGAAGCUGUACCAGAAGGACUCUGCUAUCUUCCUGCAGGCCUUGCAUUUCUUCAUAGGCCUGGGAGCACUGGUCAGUCCCCUGGUGGCUGAUCCUUUUCUGGCAGAGGACUGCUGUGUCAAGGGUGCCAACUGGACUGCCAACUCAACCGCUUCCUCAGACCUACAGCACCUCCGCAGCAGCUUGGCCAGGCACGGAGAAGUGAUAGGCAACAUCUCCCAAUAUCCUCUACACACCGAGGGUGUAGUUAUGACCAGGGUGUCAUACGCUUUCUGGAUCAUGGCUCUUAUCAAUAUCCCAGUGCCUGUAGCAGUGCUCGCUUUGAUGUACCAUGACAGACUGCUGCCUUGCUCCAGCACCAGUCCACAUCUGCUCGACAGAGACUCUCUGUCCAGCACAGGCCCCACUGGGGACAGUGGUCAAGGUGAUGGGAGUUUGUUUGCUUGCUGUAACCCUGCCAAACUCCGGGGUCGCCCGGCUACUUUCUUCAUUCUCCACGCUCUGGGUGGGGCCAUCGUCUUCCUCUCUGAUGGGAUUAUAGGCUCUUAUGCUGGCUUCGUCUACACCUACGCAGUGUCCCCUCCUCUGCUGAUGGGUCAUAAGACCGCAGGGUGUCUGGACAGUAUAUUCUGGGCCUCCAUCACAGUAGGAAGACUGACUUUCAUCUACCUUUCCUACAGAUACACAGCACCGAGGCUGCUCAUCUUCAGUCUGGUGGGGAUCAUACUGGUGCAGUGCCUGUUGUUGAUCUUCUACACCAGCUGUGUUUUUCUCUUUAUUGGUACAUGCGUGUUGGGACUGUGCAUCAGCAGUGUGUUCCCAUCGAUGUUGGCCUUUACAGAGGACAUACUAGACUACAAAGGUUGUGCCACAACUGUCCUGGUGACCAGUGCCAGCUCAGGAGAGAUGAUGCUGCAGCUGCUCGUUGGAUCGGUGAUCCACAGUCAGGGAAGUUACUCUUUCCUGUUGUGUUGUACAGUAGCAUCAUUCAUUGGCUUCUGCCUGUUCCUGCUGCUCCUCUAUGUCCAGCAUUGCCACAGAAGCUGCAGCACAGAUCCGUCUCAAAACACAGACAUGAAAGAGCUGCCACAGCCAGAAGGCUCGUGA